AUGGUUACUUCAAGAUGUAACAAAUUGUUAACGGUUGCUACUCUAGGAAGUAUUAUUGUUGAUGAGCGUGCUCUUGUCGCAUGCAAGCAGAAUCUCCUGGCGUCGGACCCCCGCUUUGAUGUUCCAGUUGUUAAUGUAACAGUAGUAGCCGGUGAGACGGCUGUAUUACCGUGUUCCGUGGAAUACCUCGGUAAAUAUCAGGUUGUUUGGAUGGAUAAAAAGUUGUCGCUACUUACAUUAGAAAAUAGAAGGGUAAUCGAUGAUGCCCGAGUUAGUGUGGAAAGGCCUUACGUCGCUAACUGGAAUUUGCACAUACGAGAUGUCACUUCGGAUGAUCAAGGCUUAUAUAUGUGUCAAAUCAACACAGAUCCAGUAAAGAUUAAGCAAGUCGUUCUUUAUGUGCAAGUUCCUUCGAAAAUUAUCGACCAUUUAUCUAGCGAUGACAUGGAAUUACGGGAAGGUGAUACGGUACUUCUUGUGUGUAAUGUAACUGGAGUACCUCACCCGAAUGUCACGUGGUAUAGGCUUUCGAAGAAAGGAAAAAACGGAAGAGAAAAAAUCGGUAUGAGUGGAGAAGUGUUAAAAAUUCGCAAUAUCUCUCGGUAUUGUGAUGAUAUUUAUGAAUGUGUUGCUUUUAACGGUGUACCACCUACAGUCAGCAGACAGAUUAAAGUAUCCGUACAAUUCCCUCCUGAAGUCCGAGUUCGUAAUAAAAGAAUGGGACAAGAAAUUGGCAAAAUGACAAUACUUGAGUGUACAGUAACAGCAAGUCCACUCGGUGCAACACACUGGGAAAAGAAUUCUAACAGAAUAGAAAAUUCAUGGAAGUAUCGUGCAGAAGCAUAUAAUGAAGAUGAGCACACUAUAACUUUAAGCCUGAGGAUACGGGCAGUAGAGAUAUCAGACUUUGGAGAAUAUACAUGUGUUGCUUCUAAUCAUCUCGGAAGUGACCAGGAGAAAAUGAUUCUAUAUGAGCAUAAUGGCAACAGAAUCAGACCACCUAGUAAACCAGAUAAACAAAAUGGUGGCAAUCCUCCAUUGCUAUCACACAGUAAUCAAACACCACCACGAAAUAGAGUCACUACGCCCAUGAAUGAAGUUUGGCUACCAGGUGGAGGACAAGGCCAAUCAGAAUCCUCAGCAGCUUUUGGAUCUGGAUGCAAGAAACCAAUUACCGAUUUACUUUUUUCCUGCUUCUCUCUUCUUCUCGCCAUUUCGCAAGUUUGUUGCAUAUAAAAUUUUUUAAAAACCGGCGUGAUUUUAACUAAAGCUUGAGAGUCUUCCACUUGAAUCCAGUGAAAAAUCAAAGGUUUGAGAUUACAAAACAAACAAAAAUAUGAAGAAAAAGAAAGGAGAAAAUGUAUACAUAUGAAAAAAUAUAGCAUAAAUUCUAAAAAAAAAUCAGAAAACAGGACAGCAGAAAUUGUAUAACAGAUGAAAUAACAACAAUAGUUUCAAGAAGAAAGACAAAAAAAUGUACCAAAUUUUGAGAAAGAAACAAAACCAAUUUCUUUUAUGUUUUCUUUCAUAUUUUUUCUUUUAUGGUUUGAUUUCUUUUGGCAGAAGAGGGAGUCUUGAAAAAGUUCUCAAAAUAUUACUUGAAACUAAGUAUGAGAAAUUUCUUUUAAUACAUGUAUAUGCUGGUGUGUGUGUGCGCAUGAAAGUAUAUGUAUAUUGUUAGGCAUACGUGUGUUGUGUGUGACACAAUGAUUUUGAGCAUGGCCACAAUAGCUUAUAAAACUUAAAAAUGCAUGUACAACAUCAUAUAUACCUGUACAGACAUAUCGUUUGUGUUUCCAUAUGCUGCCAUUCCAGAAGUGUCAAGAACAUACAAGUUGAAAUAACUAUGUUAGAUUCAAACAUAUGUAUGCAUGUAAAAAAUGAAUUAAUUUACAAAACUCUAGCAAAUGUAAAGUUUUUGCAUGUGAACAUACAUUUAUGGGUGUUUGUUUGUGUGUGUAUACAUACACAAAUACACACAUCUAUAGGCUUAAUUUUUUUCAAUCUAUUUAAACCAUAUAUGAAGACAGGAAACUGUACAUACAUAUACAUACAUAAACAUACACACACAUGCAAGCACACAUACACACACGCAUAUAUAUAUAACAUGGACAAACACCCCCAUUAAUGCACACACAAAUAUAUAUUUAUAUAAAUGUGUGGUAACUAACAUUACAGGUGUAUAUGCAUGUGUGUAAAGUUAGAUAAAUAAAUAUAUAUAUAGAUACCUAGAUAUAGAUUGCAUAUAUAUGUAAACAGAAUCAAUUAUUUAUUAUAUCAGCACAUUGAUAUAAAUAAACCGCAUUAUAUAUGUAGAUAAAAUUAUAUAUAUAUAUAUAUAUAUAUAUAUAAUAUAUGAAAGCAUACAUGCAGGUAGACAGGUAGUAUUCAUACAUAUGCCCAAAACUAAACACAAGACAUAAUGCCACAAAAGUGCUCAAUAAAUGAUUAGCUGAGAGUUAAAUAAGUCAGAGCUUUGACAGAACCUAUGUGAUAAACAUAGUAUGAAGUUUCGGAGAUCAGGAUAUACAAUGCAAAAUAGGUGCUUGCAUAUUACUUUUAUUACAUACACAUGCACACACAUGCAUGCACACGCACACACACACACACACACACAAUUCACACCAUCCAGAAAAUAAAUACAUUUGUAUAAAACCAAGAUACUGAGACAUUUUGAGGAUUCAGCAAUUUGCUCUUUGGGAUAAUAGUAUGUGGCACUCAUGAAUGUACGUGUACAGUGUGUAUACAUAUAACUUGAUAAUGCCUUCAGCUAAAUUCUUUUCUUUGGCGUUUUCUUUAUUUUUUAUUCGAGGGGAGGUAAUCAGCCUUAAAAUAUCAUGCCUACCUAUUUUGUAUUUGCCCUUCAAAAUCGAAGUGCAUUGGUGAAUAAGUGAGGAAGCAGAAUCUAUGAUAUGUGGCUCACUUACGAGGUGCAAUGGAGCAUCUAGCAACAUAAGAAUAAAAUGGCAUUUGAAGAAAAAUUUGCGAGGCUAAUUUAGGCGUAUGUGUGUUUAUAUAUACAUAAAUACAUAUAUGCAUGUGAGCAUGCAGGCACAUACAUGCAUAAAGAUACACACAGAAACACACAGCACAUAAUCUUAGAUGUUGUGUGUGUACACAUACAUACAUACACACAUAUCUGUAUACACAUAUAUAUAUAUAUAUAUAUAUAUAUAUAUAUAUAUAUAUGUGCAUAAUUUUGUUGAUAAUAAUAUCAAGGUUUCACUUGCAGUGAAUUAUUCAAACCAAUCUUGAAUAAACCACCGCAGAUAAAAUUUCAAAAUGACUGUCAACAAAACUUAUAAUAAUUAGACCUAACAGAUAUAUUGAGUCCAACGUUUAUUGUUUUUGAUAUAUUUUAUACCGCUAAUCCGUAAAUACACACACAUACACAUAGAUAUGCAUGGGUACCAUUAUAAAAAUAUAUAUCGUUGAAGAGAAUGUAUAGCAUGGUAAAUAAGAAGCAAGUUAUAUCAUAAAACUAGCUUUUAAAUAAGAAUUAAAAAUAUGUAAAUUAACAUUUCUACUAAUCUGCAUCACACACAACACACCCACAUAUAUAUAUUAUAUAACUCAUGAAACAAAAAGCAACAACAAACCAAUAUGUUGUUUAACAGAUCAAUAAUAAAGUUGAAAUAUUUCUAAGACAUUUGUUCAUUUUCUUGUUGUUAAGAUUAUAUCCAUAAUCAUCAAAUAAAUGGUAUUAAAAAUA